AUGUUUGAACAUCAGAUGGGUAAAAACAUUGAAGUGUACAUAGACGACAUGGUGGUUAAAAAUAAGCUGGCCCCCAACCAUAUUGAUGAUCUCGGGGACGUUUUUCAAGUACUAAGAAAGUAUAAACUACGGCUGAACGCGACCAAAUGUUCUUUUGGAGUGGGAUCUGGAAAAUUCUUGGGCUAUAUGGUGACUCACAGAGGCAUUGAGGCCAACCCUGACCAAAUAAGAGCCAUCCAUAACUUGCAGCCUCCUCGGAACCCUAAGGAAGCACAGAAGCUUACUGGUAUGAUAGCAGCGCUAAACCGUUUCAUCUCGCGCUCAGCAGAUAGAUGCAGGCCAUUUUUUCUCCUACUGCACAAGUGGAAAGGAUUUGAGUGGAAUGAGGAAUGCGCUACGGCUUUCCAACAGCUAAAGGAAUACCUCGCCCAGCCACCGAUUAUGUCCAGUCCCAAGGCCGACGAGGUUUUGUUUGCCUACAUAGCAGUGGCUCCACAUGCAGUAAGCCUGGUGCUGAUCCGAGAAGACAACGGCACGCAGCGCCCCGUCUAUUACGUUAGCAAAUCGUUGCAGGAGGCAGAAACCUGUUACCUUCCCCUCGAAAAGGCUAUCCUGGCCAUCGUCCUCGCCGACCUGGUGGCAGAGUUUGCAGAGCCUACAUCAGAGGGAAAGGAAGUGUUGGUCUUACUGGGGGCUGGUGAGCGGGUGAGCAACACAGUUUCCCCGCAUGGGCUCGCUUGGUGGAAAGCAUACAUUAAUGGCGCAUCAAACCAAAGGGGCUCAGGGUUAGAGCUUGUCCUGCUCUCACCUGGAGGGAUAACCAUAGAGAAGUCAUUGAGACUCGAUUUUUCAGCCACAAAUAACGAAGCCGAAUAUGAGGCGCUAUUGGAAGGGAUGGGAAUGGUCCGGAAAAUGGGGGGGAAAUCUGUAGACAUGUUCUUGGAUUCAAGACUUAUUGUGAGGCAGGUAAAUGGAGACAUGAAGGCAAAGGAUGAAAGAAUGCAAGAGUAUCUAGUUCAGGUCAAGCACCUGCAGACCCAAUUUCAUCACUUCCGCUUGACGCACGUACCUAGAAGUGGGAACACUCAUGCUGAUUCUCUCGCGACGUUGGCCACCUCCUCGGCUCAACCCCUACCUCGAGUCAUUUUGGUAGAAGAGGUCCUCCGUCCACUAACAGGAAAGGCCAAUGGGAUUGGAAUACAUAACGCCAGGGCAGGACCGAGCUGGAUGGACCCUAUCGUUCUGUACUUAAAGCAUGACACCUUGCCAGACGAUAAGAUUGAGGCUGGCAAAAUCAGGAGAAGAACUACUCGAUUCUGGUUAUCGGAGGACUCCAAGCUUUACAGACGCUCGUUUUCAGGGCCGUACUUGCUAUGCGUGCACCCAGAGGCUGCAGAACUCAUACUGGAGGAGUUACAUGAAGGAAUUUGCAGAAGUCACACGGGGGGUAGGUCUUUGUCUCACAGAGCCUUAACGCAGGGUCAUUGGUGGCCGAGCAUGAAAAAGGAAGCCAUGGAUUACGUGAAGAAGUGUGACCAAUGCCAGAGAUACGCUCCGAGCAUACACCAGCCUGGUGGAGAGCUAAACCCGAUGUCCAGUCCCUGGCCAUUUGCACAAUGA